AUGUCAACGCCACCUGCAACUACGACGAGCCCCAAGAGCUCCAAGAGCCCUACCAAAAGCCCUGCCAAAAGUCCCUCUCGAACUCCCGAGCCGAAUGUUGGAGAUAACGGCGUUCUUUCAGCCGCACACUGGCAGCAACUCGCUGAGGAAGAGGACUUGAACGAAGACGAUGGAAACUCACUCAGCGACGGAAGCCUCUCGGCCUCUACAGACUCAAUGACUUCAAGUAUCUUUGAGUAUCGCAAGCUUCAUGGACGUACAUACCAUCGCGAAAUUGGAAAUGCUCAGUAUUGGGCUUCGAACGAUGAGCGACAGAGUGAAACACUAGAUAUGAACCAUCAUUGUCUAACUCUAGGUCUUGGCGGAAAACUCUAUCUUGCUCCGAUUGAUAAGGACAAGAUUACAAAAGCAAUCGACAUUGGAACUGGCACUGGAAUCUGGGCUUUGGACUUUGCAGAUGAACACCCGAAUGUGGAGGUUAUUGGCACCGAUAUAUCGCCAAUUCAACCCACCUGGGUUUCUCCCAAUCUCAAAUUUGAAAUCGAAGAUUGUACUCAAGAAUGGACAUUUGCUCCCAACUCAGCAGAUUACGUCCAUCUCCGCUGGUUGGCCGGAAGUAUCCCUGAUUGGUACCAGUUCUUCAGAGAGGCCUACAAGACCUGCAAGCCAGGUGGUUGGGUCGAAAGCUUUGAACCCUCAGCUAUUAUCACCAGCGAUAAUGAUACCGUAAAGGAGACUUCUGCUUUAGGCCAGUGGGGCAAGCUAUUCAUUGAAGGCGCCAAGAAAUUCGGCAUGAGCUUUAGUGUAUACGAAGAAGAGCUACAGAGGAAAGCCAUGGAGGCAGCAGGAUUUAUUGACAUUCAGCAAUACGAGUACAAGGCUCCUCUCGGUGACUGGCCUAAGGACCCGGAGUUGAAGGAACUGGGAGAGUUUGGUCGUCAUGUUUUCCUCUCGGAUACUGAAGGCCUGGUGCUUUUUGUGGCUAAUACCAUGGGCUGGUCGGAGGCAGAGAUUCAUGUUUACAUUGCGCAUGCUCGAAGGGAGAUUAACUCGGGCAAGCAUCAUGCUUACUUUAAGCAACGGGUUGUCUGGGGACGGAAGCCAGAGGAAUGA